CUGUCUAUUUUGAUCUAAGCACACGUGGUUAGAUUUAUUUUGAUUGUUUACUGUUAAAAAUUUUUUAGGUUAUCCUAAUUACAAUUGGUUAAAUUUCUGUAUAAAGCUAUAUUUUAUAUUAGUUUGUAUUUAUUAAAUAGCGUGAAAAGAGAAAAGAUGCAGCUCAAAAGUAAACCUAAAACUAAUAAUAAAAUAUCUUCGAAUAAAGUCGAUGAUUUAAUUUUAAAAAGAAAAGGUGGUGGAAGUAUUAUAGAUCAUCACCCUUUAUUCUCAAACGAUGGAGAGACGCUAUAUGUUGUAUGGAAACAAUUUAUUAGAGCUUAUAGUACACAGACUGGUGAUUUUGUCAAAGAAUUAGAGCCCGCUAGUAAUAAAAUAAUUGGUAUUGUAUUAUCACCUGAUAGUUUUGAUACUAUUAUUGGUUGUACAGAUAACGCAGAGCUUGUUUAUUGGAACUGUCACAAUAGUCUCAUUACUAUAAAAACAAAACUUUUGAUACCUGAUAAUACUAAUAUUAAAAUAAAAACAUUUCAUCUUAUUCAUUAUACUACGUUCAAGGGUAAAAUUCUAUGUAAUGCGGUUGUUAGUUCUCUUAUUAAAAAGAAUGAAGAGAUGAUUUUGCGUGUUGAACUAUUUGAUUUAAAAUUAGGAAAUAAAAAUUUAAGUAAAGAUAUUGAAAACUUUAGGGAAGAUUAUUGUAUUGAUAUUAUUGGAAACUAUGGAGAAAAUUUAAUAGCAAUUGCUCAAAAUUCAUUUUUGUACUUAAUGAGUCCAAUGCACAAAUUAAAAGUUAUUAGGCAUAAAACUGGAAGAAACAUUACAUGUAUCGCUGGGCAUCCAGAAGAAGAAUGUGUUGCAACAGGAGAUACAAGUGGUCGUGUUUUAGUUUGGAGAAAUAUUUCACAACUUAAUCCAAAUAGAGCAACAUAUCACUGGCAUACACUGCCUGUUGCACAAAUUGUUUUUAGUAAAUCUGGUGGUUAUAUGUAUUCUGGUGGUGGUGAAUGUGUUCUUGUAAAAUGGUUAUUAUCCAACCCACAAAAUAAGUCGUUUUUACCUCGUUUGCCUGCUCCAAUUAGAUAUCUCACGAUUGCAUCAGAAAAUAUUUAUGUAGCAGUAUCUACAUUAGAUAAUGGUAUUAUUAUUGUUAAUCCUCAAAGAAAGAUAACAGCAGUAAUUCAAAAUUUUACUUGGGGUGUUGCAAGUACUCCAAAAAGUUUAUUUCCAGCCGGACUUAUUAUAGAUCCACGAACAAAUAGUGUUGUUUUAAAUAGUCGAACUGGUCAUGUGCAAUUUUAUAAUACUCAUACAAAAAGUUUAUUAUUCAAUUUAAACGUAACUGCACAAAAUUUAUUAACACAAGAAAGAAGUGUAAUAAUUGUAAAUACUGAAGUGACAAGAAUAGCAAUUAAUUCUGAAGGUACUUGGAUGGCAACAAUGGAAGAACGAGAUGACAAUAUAUCAAGUACAGAAGUAAGACUUAAAUUUUGGCAAUUCAAUAUGGAAAAACAAAAUUUUGUUUUGAAUACAUCAAUUGAACUUCCUCAUGAAUUUGGAGUAAGUGCAGUUAAAUUUAGACCAAAAUCAUCCCUUGGUGAUAACGAACAAUUUGUUAUUACCGUAGGAAAAGAUAAUAAAUUCAAACUUUGGCAUUUUAAUGAUUCUUCUACAAAUGGUAACAUCGAACAUUGGCGCUGCUAUAGUGUUGGAUUUUAUCGAAAUUUACCAGCAAUAGAUGCUGGUUUUUCUGUCGAUGGUUCACUUAUAGGGGUCGGAUUUGGAUCAAGUUUAACACUUUGGAUUCCAGAAACUAGUAUAUUAAAAAAUAGUUUAAGUCAUAGUCGAUAUUUACAACCAAUAACUCGUGUAGAAUUUAGUAAACAAGAAUAUUGUCAUCUUGUGGUAACAGCUUCUACAGAGCAUUUGGCAAUUUGGGAUCUUUUGUCCUUAACUGUCAAAUGGAGUGUUCUUCUUAAUUUAACAACAUUAGCUGCCGAUCCUCUUUCGAUUUACAUGGCUGCAUUUACUACGGAUAAUACACUUUUUAUUUUUACACCUGGAAAUUCAGAGCCUGAAUAUGUCAGAAAGCAUGUUAUUGAAAAAGAUGUUUCUGUACUUGGUGCUUGUUUUAUUCCAAAUAUUCAAAAUAACAAAGAAAACACAGUGCAGUGGCAAGAAAAAUCUCAAUUUUUAUUUUUAAAUUCAGAACAGGAAUUAUUGACUUUAGAAUCGAAGUCGGAAUCGAGUAUAGCACUGGAAAAUUUAUCUGUAAGCCAAAACGUAAACUUGACAUCUUAUAAUCGUAUAGUUGCUUCAGAAAGAAUAUCAAAUAUUGAAAAGCCAGAAUUAUUUAUGCAUGAUUAUAUGAGGAUAACCAAUAAAGGAGUUGUAGAAGAGCUAUUAGCAGUGCCAGCUCAUACACUACCACCAAUGAGAAUGCUUUGUAUACCUUUUAUCGUUUCACUCAUGGGAAAAUCAUCGAAGGAUUGUACAACUGAAAAAUAUUUUAGGUAAUUUUUAUUAUUUAU